AUGGGCCGCCGCGCCUCGCCGAAGAACCCUCGCCGUGCCAAGCCGAAGGCGGUACCUGACACCAGCCGCAGCAAGGUUGUCCAUGCGGUGCGCUCCAUGGCUGGAUCCGUUCUGAGCUCGGCUGCCAACGUCUUUGAACGGGCAGGGUACUUUUGCUCGGAUCCAAAGCCAGCGGAUGGCCAGUUUGAGGUUCUUCAAUCAGAGCUUCAGGAUGCCAUUCGGUCUCGUGCGACCGCCAUCUUGCAACACUACCAGGAGAUUGCGGAGCCUGCCACCAGCGUCCAGAAGGAGGAAUGCCUUCUCAAGGACUUAACAGAGCUGUCUGCAGCCAUUCGCCAGCUUACAGAGGCUGAGCUGAAUCGCGGAAGGCUGCUGCGCAACUUGCGCAGCGACUUGGAGUCCCUGGCUGCGGAGCUGAGGGUGCAAGUCACGAACGCGGCCACCACGUCUGCCAAAGCCAAGGGGCGAGUUGUCAGUGCUCCCAAGACCAUCGGCAUCGCAUCGCGCCCGAGAACGCGCACCCUGCGAGACUGA